AUGAAGGCGAAGGACGAGGCCGGUCCCUUCGAAGACAUAGAUAACUUUCCGCCCGAUGCUUCCGAAAUCGAAGGCUAUGAGCCGGCUCCCAAGAAGAUGAAGCGAAGCUACGACGAUCACCGAGGCUUCAAGUCCCAGUCGAGUAUCUUCCCGUCCUCUACUGGAUCAAGUGCAGGCAAGGCGCCAGUGCAAAGUCCUUCCCAACGCGAGAUGCCGGUCAGGCUCUCCGCCGAGACCGAUCACGAUGACUUUCCGUGCAUCGAUCUGAGUUCUCCUUCAGCUACUGCCAGUAGCGAAUACGAAGCGUCUACCGCUGACUCUGUGUUCGGCUCCGAUUCUUCGCAGACAGAACCAUCGUCUCCCGCACCCACCUAUCCCGGAGGUCGGCCGGAUUUCGGUACUGGUUGGAAGGGUACAAACUUCGCUGCGGUCAAAUAUGGACAAGGCUUGAAGAACUCUGUUCACGCAUCAUCGUCUCCACCUCCUCCCCGCGCCGACGAGCUCAUGGAAUAUCCUACCACACAGUACGGCCCCGUGGCAAAUCCUUUGAUUUCCAAGAACAACAUGAUCAAGGGCGCAGACUUUGCUACGCGGCCAGCCGAGGAAUUCCUCAUCUCACAAUGCGUAGAGAGAUCAGACUUCUUAAAACACUUGUACCAUUCGGGUACCAUUAUACCCGGUCAUGCCAACUGCCAGCCCUGGGUCGUCGGUAUCGUCGCUGAUUAUGAAGUAACUCACAAGGGGCUCGGAAGGAAUGGGGCAAGACUUUUCACACCUGAAAAGUUCAUCUUCGCAACUGGAUCAGAGAGGUGGCGAGGAAAGACGAUACAGGAGGCGGGCGAAAAGCACAUGCACCAAAUGUGGAAGAAUCUGGCAAUCGUAAACGGGCGGCAAUGGUUCUAUCAGGCGCGUGAUCUCAGGCUUGGUCUACCAAUAGGAACCUCCCGGGCCGAGCAACAGCACGUCUACAGAGCCCCUCAAUCUCAUCUCCAUCAUCAAGGUUCGAGCAGCAGCAGCAGCAGUCAAAGCAUGCAGUCUACCUCCUCUUCUCCGGCUCGGGAGCACGAUCAGGAUGCGCUAGUCCUUCGCAGGCCCAACCCCAGGAACAAGGGCAAGAAGAACUUCAGAAGUUCCCAAUCUUCUACUGGGAGACGGUCAACCCAGGCUCUUUCGGAUCAUUCCCGCGAACCUACUUACGACGAGCGAGCAUACGGUAAAGGCAGAGAGGACUUUGUGAGAUCUGUACCCGAUCAUCGCUUUGUCAACGAUCAACGUCGCGCUCAGGUGCCUGUUCCCAGUGCCCGCGAACGAGAGCAGAGUUCCUCUCCUCCCGAAGCCUCUUCCUCCCCUUAUCACGACCAUGUCAACCCCCAACGCCGCGCUCAGGUGCCAGUAUCCAAUGCCCGUGACGGUGGACAGUGUUCUUCUCCACCCGAAGCUUCUUCCCCACCCUAUCACGACAACAUCAAUCCCGAACGCCGCGGUCAGGUGUCAGUUCCCAGUGCACGUUCCAGAGAGACUUCUUCUCAGCCCGAUGCCCCUGCCGUCGACCCUCCUAGUCCAUUGGAGAAGGGCCAGAAGCAACUCAACAACUGGUUUAAGCCACAGCCGAAGGACCCGAAGCCUACUGUGGUAGCGGUAGAGAAGAUGGAUACGACAGUGUGA